AGCUGUGCGUGCAACUCGGUUGUGUUUUGGUUUUUCUUAAAAUUGCUAUAAAAUUAAACAGUGUGUACAUUAAAUUCAAAUGCAAGCACAAAUGAUGCAGCGCAGCUGGCGCAGAUCAAUGCCACUGGCUAUUACCAUAGCUAGACGUAACCUGAGCAUGGAGUUGCCAGCGGAGCAGCCCAUGGAUGCCUUUGAGCGUGAGCAUAUGCAGCAGCGCAUACAUAUUACGCCCUUUCAGCGGCUGCUGCUUGGAGCAGGCUCAUCCGUAGCCGCACUGCUGGAUCCCAGAAGACACGACAUGAUUGCCUGCUUGGGAGAGACCACAGGCGAGGAGGCCUUGUUAAAUAUUCUGGAUAGCAUGCAGGCCAGCGAGGAGGGUCGUCGCAUCUUGGCGGAGAAGCCACGCAUCAAUACCACUACCAUAGACUUUAAACGCUUGGAAGCGCUGCCGGCUGAUAGUUUUGGCGCUACAUAUGCCAAGUUUCUCAAAGAUAACCAAGUUACACCAGAUAGCCGCAUGCCAGUGCGGUUUCUGGAGGAUCCGCUCUUGGCCUAUUUGAUGACACGCUAUCGCGAGUGCCAUGAUCUGCUGCACACUGUGCUGGGCAUGCCCACCAAUAUGCUGAGUGAGGUGGCCGUCAAGUGGGUGGAGGCGCUAAAUACUGGUCUACCCAUGUGCUAUGGCGGCGCUAUCUUUGGUGCAGCGCGCUUGCGUCCCAAACAUCGUCGCGCUUACUUGAAGCGCUACCUGCCCUGGGCCAUAGAAAAUGGCAAGCAUGUCAAGCCUCUCAUGCCAGUUUACUGGGAGCAGCGCUGGGAGCAAAACGUGCAUGACUUGCGCGCUGAAUUAGGCAUUAAGUUAUUGCAAUAAAUUUUAUUCGUUUUUCAAACACGAUAGCUUUUAAAUUAAAAACGCGAUAUCAUUCGAUAACUUUAGUGAUCGUGGCUUUGCGCAUG